AUGGACAACUGUGAUUUGGAGAAGCUCUCUGUCUCUGGUGGGAAGCUCCAUCCAGCGUUCACACCUGAAGUUACAGAUUACAAAUUGACAGUGGAGAGCAAAAUCAACAAAGUGACAGUGGACCCGAUCACCAGUGACUGUGGGGCUUCAUACCGCAUUCUCUUUGGUGACGGUUCCAGCACCAUUAAACUGAAUGAUGGGUUAAACAAAGUAGAAAUCGAGGUGGUAGCUGAGGAUGGCACCAUAAAGAAAUACUGUGUGGAAAUCACCAGGCUGUCUGCAAAGAUUGCAGAACUCAGUAAUCUGGCUUUGGAAGGAGAUAUUCCACUUCAUCCUGCAUUUUGUACCAAAAUCUAUGAAUAUAAUAGUAUUGUUCCCUUUCAUUGUAAUGCUGUGACCCUGCUUCCCAAGGUGCCAGACAAAAACAUAAAAGUUACAGUGAAUGGGGAAGACAGCUCACAACCAGUCCCUCUGAAUUUUGGAGACACGUUGGUGGAGAUCUCAGUCUGUUCAGCAGAUGGCAGUAAUUCACAGGUGUACACGGCCUUGGUGACUCGAGCGCUCAUUCCCAUGACUGUGACCUUUACUGAUGAGAAGCAGCAGCUGGACUAUGAAUGCCCAGUAUCUCUGUCUGCUUUUUAUAGACCUGUGUCUAUCAACCACAGUGACCCAAAGCACAUCUUCUCAAGGCCUUAUAUUGAGAUGCUGGCACGAAGAUCAAAAGUCGACCCACUUAGCGACUGUCCUCUGGGAGACGGCUGGAAGGUUGUUGAAUUGGACCUUGACAGGAAGAUGUCGGCUGCUCUGGUCAAGUGUUUCUUUACUUACCGAGGAUGUGACAGUGUGAUGAAACUGUCUGAGCUGGGGUCACACUCUCUGGACUGUCCACACAAGCCCACAGGGGACCUGGAUGCAAAGGAUGUCACAGAGACAAGUUGGUAUAAGAAGCACUUUGCGUCAUCCAGUUGUUUGGAGAUAGAGACUAAACACAGUUUGGAGGUGCGUAACUGGGAGAAAAGACUACAAAUGACAGUGGGAGAAGACAAUGUGGAUAAACUGUGUGCCUUGGCCCAGGAUCACCUGAUACUCUACCGGCAACGCCUGCCAAAACCAGGGGACAUGUAUGAGGUUGGCCAGUCUCCUCUGCAUAGCCUGGAGCAGGCUGCUGUCCACUAUGCAUCUGCUAUCAGUUUCUGCUCCAGAGAUGCCAGACUCCACUUCCUGCUGGGUGUUGUUCUGGAGGAACAGCACUACGCUACAGAGAUGUACGGCCUCCAGAAGAAGGCUGACAGAGAUAGAGAAGAUAGAGAUGAAUUAAGUGAUGCCAAAUCAACAGCACGUCAGGAUGACAUCCUGGCCGUGUGCAAACUCCAUGGUUUCCUCAGCACGCCCACAGUGCAGAACCAGCUGCAGGCCUUGGACAAAGAGUAUCAGCAGCUCAAAGAGCAGGGACAGUCCAGCAAAGCAGACUAUGUUCAGACACUCUACAUCUGGCUCUCCAAGAAAACUGGCAAGGAUAGCAGCGCAGCUAUGCAGGAUGAAGAGAGCUGUGUCCACCGGGCCCUGAUGAAGUACCUGGAUGCUUGGUCUCUGAGUCCUGACAGCUGGGAGUACAACCUCCAUGUUGGAAGGCUGCUGCUGCUGCAGGGGAGGAGCAGGGAAGCCCUGCAGCACCUCCAGAGUGGCCUGGCACUGAGCCCUUUACAUCCUGCACUCAGAUUCUUCACAGGGCUGGCUCUGCUGCAGCAGGAGCAGAAAGCCUCUGAGGACACAGAGAAGGAGGCUGCUCUGUUCUUACAACAGGGACUGGAGCACUUCUUCAGCCAGCGCUGCAGCAAGAGCUGGGUGGAGCAGGAUCCAUUAGACCCUCUUUCCAACCUCAGCCCACAGUUCCUGCGAGGCCUUCUCACUCUGGGCCAGCUACAGCAGAGAAAUAGGCUGUCUGGGAAGGCCAUGAGUGCGGAACAGGUCUAUCACACUCUAACAGUGCUGACUGCCCAGAGUGUGAGUCAGUGUGUGUGUCGUGGCGAGGUGAGCAGGCAGCUGGAGUGGGUGCUUCUGGAUGCUCAGUUUGCCCUGCUGCACAGGCUGAUCCAGCAGAGUGAGUGCCAGGCCAAGCCUGGCAUCAACAGGCAGUCCCUGGUGGCAAAGAGAAGCCAGGCCCUCACAGCUCUAAUACGCCUCACCUCUCUCGCCCCCUGUCAGGAGUUGCUGGACAUGCAGGAGAGGGCAUGCCAGCUAGCAGUUGUGACCGCACCGCGGGACAGCCACGCCCUGUGUCUUUUGGGUCUGGCACAGCUGUCUCAAUAUGACAACAACCCAAAUUCAGACAGGUCAAAGGAAGCCAUAACUGAUGCCUGCCUCAGCUUCCAGGCCAGCAUUGAGUUGGAACACAAGACUCAGAGCGGAGAGCCACCUGAGCAGCUGAUCAAACAAAAGUGGUGGCAGGAAUGGCAGGAGGCUGAAAACCAGAAAGCUGCCAAGCAGUCCAUCACUCCACCAGCGGGAGUGAAAGGGCCUUCUGACACCAGUGUGGCCAAGAGAGGAGCUAAGUGGGGCAGGGGAGGGCCUGGUCAAGGGCGGGUGGCAUCAGCUGUAACCAAAGCUCCUGCUCCUCCCCCCUCAGCCCCCAACAGGGGAGGGAUCGCUGCCCGGCCUCCAGCCAAAACUCCUGCAGCCAGGGGGAGAGCUGGAGCAGCAGCCAAGCCAGAUGGAUCAUCUAAAAUUUCCAACAAUGAUAAUAAACCCCAGCUCCCCGCCAACAAGUCUAAACAGGACUGUUGCCCCGAUACUGUUGAGACAGCACAGGAGCCUGCUGUGGCAGACAGAGAGAGCGUGUCCAGUCUGGUGAACCGCAAGUCUCAUAUGUCACGGCUCGGUCUGGCCCGCACCCUCUCCCGCUCUGCAGACACCCGGGACCAAGGAAAGCAGCUCUACCAAGAGGUCAUCUCCAUGGCACCAGGGGUCCAUGAUGCCUACAUUGAGCUUGUGCAGCUGCUGGAGCCAUCAGACCCUCAGGCUGCAGUGGAGGUGUACUGCAGAUUCCCUCUGAAGCCCGUGGCCGAGCAAAGCUUCGAUGAUGCCUUCAUCACAGGAGAAAUCGUCCGCAUUCUGAUGGCGCUGGAGCAGUACAACCACCCGCAGCUGGGCCCCAGCCUCAUAGCAUACGGCAAAGUCAUGGGCCUAAGUUGCAUAGACAAAUACAUCGACAUCUUGGAUGGAAAGUCCAUGACCAAGCUGCUGAAGAGUGUCUACGCGAGGAUCCAUGACAGACAGGAGGACGAUCAGGACCUGCAGGAUUUCUUCAAGUUCAAAUGCUGGAUAUGAUAAUACUUGUAACCCUCUAACAAAUACCUAUAUUUAUCUUUUUGUAUCCUUAAGUGAGUCACAGUUUGCUUAAAAAGACACAUCUUUUGUCUUGAGCUGAUAAGACACUUUGUUCAUAGAUACAGAAAUCCUCUUGACUUUACCUGCACCUGAUGUUAUAGAUAAGCCAUUCAUAUUGGACAGAGGACACUGUGAAAAUGUUUAUCUUUUUCUCCAAAGGCACAUUUAAUUUGAAAACACAGAGUUCUCAAUAGAAAUUACAUAUCAAAAGUGACAACUUUAACAAUAGACAAAACUGGAGUACAACAGCAUUCACCAAUAGUGCAACAAAAGACAGUGAGCAUCCUACAAAGAUGGAAAUAAAGAAAUUAAAUCUUGAUCCCCAACAUGUUAUUCCAA